UCUCUUUCCAGCUCUCACACUUUCACACACAUCCACGUAGCUCGCAGACUGGAGUGUGUGUAGGUCUCUGUGUGUGUGUGUGUGUGUGUGUGUGUGUGUGUGUGUGUGUUGAGGUAAAGGGGGGGUUACUGGGCGAGCAGAGACGUGAGGCUUUGGAAAAACGUGUGAGGGGAAAAAGGAGGGAGAUGCUAGGAUGACGACUGGGAGAGUGCAAAAGAGGGAGAAAGGAAAGAGAGAGGGAGACUUUGAGCCCCCCGUGCGUCUGUGACAGCAGCCCUGCGGAGACAAAAAGGUGGAGCGCUGGAUAGAUGUUCGUCGGGCAGGUAGGUAGAGAGCAGAAUAAUGGAAUCAAUACUAUUGUCUGUAACCUACCUGCCGCUGGGCUCCCUGUCUGGCCCCGGCAGAGACCAUCAGAGAGAGAGAGAGAGAGAGCUGGGAGAAUCACUCUGGCUGCGAGAGGGAAAGAAAAGAAGAGCGGAAGGUGGAUGAAGCCCUUCUUGUCCUGCGCUUCUUCUUUUCCAUAAUCCUCAAAAAUUUGCUCCAUCUUAACUGUUUUCUCCUUAGGAAGCUGUUGAGAAUGAAACACCUUCGCAGUUACCAAGAACUAAAGGUAAAAGUCUCCCUCCAUGCCAUAUGUUAUGAUUUAGGCAAAGAUCCUACAAUGUGCGUGUCUUGCAUCCACAUUAAUGACAAUUAUAGAGAUUUAAGUGAAAUGACCCUUUUUGACAUGUUUCUUCUAUGAAUGUGAUUUUCUCAGAAAGCUAUCGGGCACUAAUUUGACAGUGCUAGCUCAAUAAACCACGUUCAGAAUGCCCAGGAUGUUUAUCAACAGUUUAGAAUUAAUUGUUCCUCCUUAAUGAAUUUGUGUCUCCUCCACGACAAGCUCAGCGGCUGCAUUGCUGCGAUUAUUUGUUUCCUGCUGUGAAAAAUGUUACUUUGCGUCUGAUUGCUGCACUGCAAAGCAAAAAAAAUAAAUCACUGAAAUGCGGACAAACGUGCCGUGAUCGUGCGGCGAUUGCGCUUUAAUUGAACUGAUCAGCUUCGCCUGUGAUCUGCAGCGAAACCAGGAGACCGGUCGGUGCCGCAGAAUCCAAAUGUCAGAUGAGGUCAUGUCUUUGUCUCGGUGCUGCGACGCUCUGGGUCUUCCUUUUAUUGCAUUUCCUCUCUGGUUUUUACGUGUGCAUGAAAGCCUCCCGCUGUAGUUUAAUUUCACAGUAUGCCCCUCUGUCCCUGAGACCCUUAACCUGUGAGGUCAAAGCAGGUCACAGGUGAGGUCCUCGGGAACAGGGCUGCAUUCAGUUUCAACGUCCUACGAAAGAGGGGAGCAUUUUGUGGAAAUGCAGAAAGACUUUUCUCCCCACAUAGGCAUCCGUUUUAAUGUUUCUUGCAGCACUCUCAUAGCAAGAAAAGUCACAGUUUCUCUCAUCUCAGUGGCUCCUCAGACUAUUUCGUGUCACGAUACGAGACUUUUCCGGCUGGACGAGAAGAGGGCUUCUGCUGCAGCACAGAAACUCUCAGGGAGCUGACCCUACUGGCUGGCUUUGUGUUGGUGCUCCCAGUGGGGGCCAGUAGGAAGACAGCCGAGGGUUGUGACCCCGACUUAUAAGUCACCUUCCAAAGUCUGUGGCCUUAUUUUGUUUGUUUUAUCUUGUACUGGAAAUGUUGCUUAAACUCCUAUAUGUUAAUAAAAUAUGACAAAAAAGUAGUGUGUGUGUGAAUAUAUGUUUCGGGUCCAUCAAAUCACAGAUGAACAGAUUGAAAAAUUGUUUCUACCCCAGAGCCAUAAAAAUACUACCGAACACUCAUACUCACUGUCCGGACCCGAGUGCCUACUAGCAAUUCCUACACAAUUGCAAAAUUUGCAAUGCCAAUAAAUGGUACUCUGUUCAAAUUUAUUCUAUAUGUGUGACAGCCAAAAAAAAAGGAAAUUUGCAGUGUGUUGUAGACAUAAAUAAAAGACUGUCUUUUAUUACAAAUAGGUGUUUUAUUAAGCUGUGAAUGAGCUGAAAAAGACGCUUCAUGUGCUGGAAAUUUUUUUUAUCCAAGCGUGAAUGCACGCAGUACCAACCAGACACAAUUAAAUGCCCUCAAACACACACACACACACACACACACACACACACACACUCUUAUUUGGGAUUUCCAACCAUCUGACUAGCUAUCUGACUUUGGCAGUCCUGGAGCACACUCUUGCCUAAUAUUGAUUGGCCUGUCUGUGUGGAGACAGAUGAAUGCAUUAGUACCCAGCUCACCCUGCCACUGGAAAUAUAUUAAGUUCAUGUAUUAGGCACCCUGUCUGGUUGCCAUGGAGAUACACCAGGAGUGAGGGACCGGGGGAGAAGGAGGGGAGGGUCGGAGGGACGGGAGACGAGUGGGGGAUACAGGAUGUGAUGAGGCAGUCGACUUGAUUUGUAGUCCCGCUCCCUCUUCCUCGUUCUCUGCCUCCGUCUGUCACUUGUGUGUCCUCUCUCGCACCUUCCCUCUUCUCUUUGUCUCUCCUGGCCUCGGUUUCUUUUCUCUCGCUGCUACUUUCCAGGUUUUCUAAACUUCGUCGGCACCAAUGCUGCACUUUCUCUGCCUCCCCGCUCACUAUUUCUAUCGAUUUUGUCCCCCUUAUUUUUCUGUUUCAUUCCCCGUCUCGACGUUUUCCCCCCCCAUCCCCACACCGCCACUUUCAUUCACUGUGUAUUUUAUAUUUCUCCUGGGUUUUUUUCUCGCCGGCACCCUUCCCACUUCAUCCCUCCACGUACAUAAGCAUUUAACUCCCUCUUCAUCUGCCCCUUCUCCCCCCACCUCCUCAACGCCGCCUCCCUCCUUGGCUCGCUCCAUCUCUGUGCUCUGCAGUAAAACUGGUGCAUUGAGGCAGCAGGAAAUGGGGACUAGAGACAAUAGAAUGGAGGGAAGUACAGAGGGGAGUCUGUGAUGCUCUCCUCCCAAACCCAAGCAGGUUGAGAAAACAUGAGCCGGAUACUUUCAAAAUCUUUUUCAUCUCCUGUGGCACAUGCACAUAAAAAUUCAUAUUCAGGGCUAGCAUUUUUGCAAAAUGAAACCUUGGAAUUUCCACAUUUGUAGUCACCAUGAGACUGGGAUUUGAAUAAAAACAGUUUUGUAGGGAAGCAUUUGCUGAGUUUUGAAGCUCUUGCAGAAUAAUGUGCACAUCUGUUUUGAGGAUUUUGUGCGUUAGCUUGCUGCUCAGCCCCUCUCUGAGCUGCUAUCAGUGCUUUGUUGAUGUGCAAGACAGCCUUCGCCUGUGCUGGGGUCACGUUUUGACUGAACACAAUGUUAGAAACGUUGACGGAUGCUUCAGGAAGCUGGACCGCAUAUUCAACAACAACGAGACAGUGAUUGAGGCUGGUAGAGUGGGUCAAGGCUAUGACACCCAGCUGAAGGCGAUUCUGGAUGCAGAGAUCACGCCUUUAGUGGUGGAGUUUGACAAUAAGCUGAAUCCCGACACCGUGUACGAGGAAAGGCUGCAGACAGCAGCAGACAAUUUCAUCGCUGCUGCCUCCAAACUGCCUAGAGUGACUGGAUGUUUUCCUCCAUGCGGUUUUCAGAGUGCAGGCGCAGUUUACAACUGCAUCACCUGCAAGUACGACUCCUGUGAAUUCCCUCUCGACUGUCCAGUUGAAGAAAUUAAAGUAAUGGAGAACAGCAGGAGUCGAAUGCGGUGUGAUGUGCCAUUUGGCUUGCCAAAUGAUAUUGAAGUGAUCUGGAGGUUCGCAGAGGAGGUGAAAACUCAGCAAUUGGAUCAGUUUAAAGAAGUGACUGUGGGGGUGGACAGGCUCUAUUCCAUCCCUUCAACCCGCCUGCACCAUCAGGGCACAUACCAGUGUGAGAUUUACUCGGGGCAAAACUCCAUUGUCAGGCUAUACUACUACAUCACAGUGACCCCCCAGGUUGUGGCAGGCCACACAGAGCUGCAGGAGAUAUUUGACCUCUCUCUGCUCCCAGGAGGGCAGUUACUCUCUUCGCCGGGUGGCCCUCCCAACUCCGUCCUCCGGUUGCCAUCGCUUCUCACCGCCUGUUUAACCGCCUCACUGCUGCUGCUGUGCCUCUCCCUGGGGGCUCUGUACUGGUCGUCAGUAUCGCAGCAAAGAGGUGAUGCUGAUGAAACAGAUGAAAGUUAAGACGAAGAAAGCUUCUAUCUUGCAUGAUGCCAAUGCAGCACCCACAAUGGAGGAAAUAGCAAUCAGGAUCACAGCGUGUUUUUGAGGUGACACAACACUUCUGCUAGCAGACCGAACGUGCUCCCCAACACAUGUGCCAGCUGAUGUCAGUGGAGGAGGCCCAGACAGGGUGUGGGAGGACGAGCUAAUUGAAAACAGACACGAAGGGAAGUGAUGUUUGCCUUCGUCAUACCGUCGGUUUCUCCUUUCCCUGACUCACUAGGUGCUUUCAAUGUACAGAAACUGAUUUCCUCUAAUAAAUCCCCUCUGAGAUCUAAAGUGCACUUGGGUGGGAUGUCGCUACGACAUAUCAGGUAUCUCUGGGAAAUCUAGUGAGAAACACUCAUGCCGCAGUUGAGCAAAUCCAGACGCAUUUACUCAUGUGUGAAAAUCUUCUAGUUGUGCCAAACAGUUGUUUUAACUUCCACCAGUGGUUUUGACUCACUGGCAGAUAUUCAGAAAGAUGCUGGAGAGUGUCAGGAGUGUUUCCUUGAUGGCCUCCUACGCUCAUGGUCACUCAGUUUCCAUUUGCACACUAAAAUCUUUUAUUCUUUUUGAACAGUAGCCGAAUGGAGACAUUACGACAAGUACAGAUAAGGAUGAAAAUCUUGACAAGCCGUCAAAGUCUCAUCAGAAUAUUCUGUCGCACUCAAAAAUCCUGUAUUUCCAUUCUAAAUUAAGCAUAAAGUGCUUUUUAAGUAAGCUGCAUCCACUCAAAAGUAGCACUGUUGCUUGUUUAUGUGGAGCUAGUUUUAAUCGUGUUUCAUAAAUUUGGGUAGUUUUGUUCAGAUCUUACGGCUGUACCACACCAGUCUUCUUGGUCAUCUCCUCGUCCAGUCUGGUUGAUAGAGGUGGAUUUUUAGGGGUUUAGUCAAUGCCUAGCCUAGCCGCGCUAGACCCAUGUUCUGAAGGCACAAGGGUCUAGGAACGCUCAACAGGGAGGGAGGCGGGCUAAAAGGUUGUCUAUCAAAUCCCUCUGCAGCAAUUGGGUAGGUAUACAACCAAUCAACGCAACGAAUAGGCUGACGUAGUUCCGAGAGCACCGGCGGAUUGUGGCUAAGUCCCAUUAGCUUCCCAACCAGCGGAGCCAACUGGUAUAUUAAGGAUUUGCCAUAUCCCGUCGGCAUAAGUCCAAAUACGUCUUUCUUCUCAAUGAAACACUUCAGUGCCGUCCUUUAUCUUUCAAGUUGAAUUUUAGCCUCAAAUCUUUAAGGGCUGUGGCCAAAGCCGAGUCGAAAGAUAACUGUUUAUUGUGCGCCGGUUGUUUCUGUCAGAAUCGUGGCGCCUCUGUCGUCACUUCGUUACGCCCGCCUUCUGACUCUACACUUCAUGGUGAUUCGUCCGGCCAGUUUUAGGAGCAUCCAGCCUCGAGCCUUAUGGAGGGUAACUAGACCCACCCUGGCAGAGAAUUAAAUUCGUUGCCGUGGGUUGUCUAGCACGGCUAGGCUAGUCAAUGCCAGGAGAAAGACUAACUAUUUUUUUAAAGUUACAACACCACAUCAGUCUGCUUGGUCAUCUCCUUGUCCCAUUUUCUCUCCAACCACAUUAAUAAUUGGAGACUCCAUCACUAGAAACAUCUGCUUCUUCAACGCAGUCACAUACUGCCUUCCCGGAGCCAGAGUCCCAAUCAUCUUGGAUAAGAUCCCGGGGCUGCUUCGCUCCCUUCCACCCUCUGUUCACUGAGUGAUAAGUCAUGUGGGUGCUAAUGACGCAGCUCAUCAGCAGUCUGACCUGACCAAGAAGGAGUUCAAUGACCUUUUAAACUUUUUAAGUAACUGUGGAAAGUCUGUUUUUAUUCCUGGCCCCAUUUCAACACUGGCCUGUGGCGCUCCAGCAGAAUGCUAAGCAUUUCUUCAUUCUGCUAGAGUCCACAACAUAGGUUUUAUUGACAGUUUUAAUCUGUUUUGGAAUCGUUCCUUCUUCUUUAAACCUGACAGAGUUCACCCCAACAGCCUGGGUAUCCAGAUGCUAGCGGCUAAACCUCCACAACCUGGGACCUCCCCCUUCUUUGCUGACUCCAUGUCAGGUUUUGCUGCAAGCACCAGCACCCCUUACUAUCCUUCCCUGGCUUCAGUUUCCGACAGUGUCUACGCCUAUCGAUCUAAAACACAGACACACCCAUGGCCUGCCCCUAGCACACCUGUAAGGAUUACCCCCACCAGCUCCCCAUUAUGGAAUAAUCACACUGCUGUCCAACCUCCAUGUGUUCCUGUCCAUACUACCAUUAGACACCAUUAUCCUAACUGGUCACCUUCUUCCCUCCCUACUAAAGCAAGUGCUAUAGCUGGCAGAGUAAACCCUGCAAAUCUCUGUCCUCUUAAUUACAAGGUCACUGACUACUAAACCUUUCUCCUAAAUGACUUUAUCUCUACCAGUAAAUUGGACUUUUUCUUCUUUACUUCUUCUAAGUGUUUUACCUCGUUAAACAUCUCUGUAUGCUGUUUUCAUCAUGUGCUAGAAGACACAUUAUGAGUAAAAACAGUAGUUAUCACAACUGCUGACAAUUUUUCCCUUGACACUUGUGUGUACUGAUGACAAUUUUAAAAAAAAAACAGAGUUUCGGAGUUUCAUGCAUGGCAAACGUAAGGAGCCAAUUCUGUCAGCUUCCAGGCUCUGGCAUUAUUCCUCUUCAGAAAUGUGUUGAUUUUUUUUUUUUUUUGAGUUAUGUCUACUGCUAGCUGUGGUUGUGCCGUUUCUAUAGAGGUGUGGGACUUUAAAUUGAUAUGAAAAAUGAGCCCACAAUAUGAGCUCAGUAGUGACAAAACAAAAGUUAAUAUUUGUGGCUUGAUUUUGUAAGUCUGUCCCUUCAGACUUCAGAUCUGUAGAAAAUGUGGACACAACUGAUCAACGGCUCAAGAUCAACCUGUUUAUCUCCUCUAACCUUAAAUGUAUUUUAUCUUUUUAGCAGUUAAGUGUUUGGGUUCCUUUUUCUUUUGAAAUGUGUUUAUUGGUUGCUUGUCUGUCUGUUUUUGUUAAUUUAAAAGUAUUAUAACCUUAUUUUGAGCAUAAACAUAUUAGAUAAAUAUGUUUUCUCAUUCCUUACUUUAUUGCUACAACAACCCCGUGGGUCCGGGUCAGGUAAAAUAAAUAAUGUGUGCAUUACGUAUUUCUCUAUAAUUUAAUAUAAGAGUCAAAACCCAGUUUAGAUCCUUUUAAUGUUUAUGUCACACAUAGUUUGAGUUCUAGUUCCAUGCAGUUGUUUGAAAAUAAUAUUUCCAUUGAAAAUCUUCGUCUUCCACACCCACAAUCAGAAUGUGAGCAUCCGUCAUACUUCAGCUCAGAAACAUAAAGAUGAUUGACAAAUAUGUGCUUGACACUUGCAGUAAAACUCUUGAGGUGUUGAGCUGUACAGUCAAGAUCAACUUUGAUGUUUGUACAACUAGAACCACCUUAUUUUUGAUGUUAUGUUUGUAUGAAAACAAAGGAUUUGCCUGUUUAUUUGAUCCUGCAUCCUACUAUUGAUGAUCAGUAGGUAUGUGGCAGCGUCACUCCUCUUAGCAAAUGAAUGACAGGUCCAUGAUCAUUUAACGGUAAAAAAGGGGGAAGUCGCUCCUUCUGCACUUUUACACUAAUAAGUUUGAAACAGCACCUCCACCCUGUAUGUUAUGUAAAAGAUAUUUCCAUGUAAAACAGGUUACAGGUUUUCUUGAAACCAUAAAAUUCACUUCAAAGUGCUUUAUAAAAAUCAAAGAAAAAAAAUCAUGACACAACGCAAUAUCCCUAUCAAAAAGAAUAUUCUCAGUGCUUUAAAAUUUGUACUGUAUAAUGUGAAGUCUUCAUGAAAUCAGAGAAAUGUCCUCACAGGGACAUCGAGUAGAAGAGAUGUAACAUAGCAAUACCCAAGCUAAAUUAUUAGGAAAAAGGGAGUUAAGAAAUGAUAUUUUAGCAUAUUGUAUGAUUUGCAAAUCCAGUAAGAAACUUAAAUUGCAAAGAAAGGUCCACCCUUGUUUCCACUUCUCUUCUGUUUGUAUUUAAACCAACACGUAUGUUGCCAACCACAUCCCUUAUAGGCGUAGGAACAGCAGUGGUCUUGUCAGACACAAACUACUUAAGAUAAGCUAAAGUAAGGUAAGCACUGUUCUGGUGAUUUAUCACCCUGGAUGUACUUUUCACCAAUAUCUCUGACUUAAACUGUUAUUGUAAUCUUUAUCAGUUACCGUUUUUUCUUCUGGUGUUUUGUUAUCAGCAGAGGUCUUGUCCAGUGUGGACACUAACUGUCGCACUAGUGUCACCAACUAUGAAAAUACUAACAGAGGAGAAGGAUUUUGAAACUGGCUUUGUAUUUCAGGUGGUUGUGUGUCAGCUAAGUCAGUUUUUCUGUUGCUGUCUGUAAAAUAAUGGGAUUGAAAGAACUGUUCAUGUUACAAAAAUAUUUUUAUUUCUUCAUUUCAUUUCCCUAAAUCAUUCAUUUUUCACAUUUUCAGAAAAUUUCCACACAUUACUACAAAUGUAUUGCUUAGAAAAAUAAAACAUAAAAAGAUCAUAUAUAUAUAUUUACAUUACCAGUCAAAGGUUUGGACACACCUUCUCUAUCGAUGGUUUUUAUUUAAUAAUUUUAUACACUGUAGAUUAAUACUGAAGACAUCAAAACCAUAAAAGAAAGUAUAUGGAAAUUUUGCUGUAAACAAAGAAGUGUUCAUCUUCAGUAUUCAUCUACAAAGUCAAAAAUAUCACAAAUAAAUAAAAAGCAUUUAAUGAGAAACUUGUUCAAGUCCCAACUUUUGACUGGUAAUGUAUAUAUAUGAACAAAUCUCUGUAAUACAACUUAAACAAAGUGCAUCUUACAAAGUACACCGACACUUCACAUAUCAAGAGCAGGUACGCAGAAACAAUGUAAUAUAUACAGUAAUUAAAUAAACUGUAAAUUGUUUGCAGUAAGUGACUCCAUGCUUUGGUUUCUCAAAGACGGUCAGGAUUUCUUUCCUGUUUUUGCACACGUUUCACACUGUUACAUACUAAAACCACAAUUUUCAGUUGUUUUUUUUUUCAAGUAAGUCUGCAGUGCUGCAGGUGCUGCCCAGGAUCCAGUGCAAUAACAAUAACAACAAUGGUGAAGUAAUGAUGAAACUGACACCGUUAUGCAUCCCGAGGUUGGAAUUAUUGUGAAAGUAAUCUAAGGACACACGUGUUCAUAUUCAAAACACACACAUUCCUCUUUGUGUAUUUAAAAGAAUUGAACAGAUUUCAGACCCCACAGCAUUUAAUACAAAAUAAUUUCUCAAUGUAGUUCUCCAUCUUUGGCUAACAUGAAUAAAUACCUGAUGGAUCUCCUCCAUCAUCUGAUAAACUACAGCAACCUGAGAAGUGCAUGGGCCCCAAAAGCCUUCAGUACAGUUUCAUUUAAAUGUGCAACAACAUCUCUCUGACUAAAACAUUUGUUCUUUUAUAUUUCUAUGAGUUUUGGCACAUUUUCAAAAGGGCUCGGGUAAUA